GGGUGUACUGGCGGCCUCCGCGUCUUUCCCCGUGCCUGCUGAGGGCUCCGGGGACUCCUGCGUGGGGUCGCUGAGGCUGUCGCGGAAGGAAAAGUCCUUUAGAAACCAGGCAGCGCCGGGGUCUGCCUGCUGGAGGCCUGUGUGGGAAAAGACACCACUGCCAUGCUGGAGGCCUCUGGAUGGUCUGUGUGCAGAACAGAGCACAAUGCCUUUCCUGCAUGGCUUCCGCAGGAUCAUCUUCGAGUAUCAGCCCCUGGUAGACGAGAUCUUGGGGCUGCUGGCGAUACAGGACACAGAACAGCAGAGUGCUCUUGAGAGCCCUGCCUGUCUGGGUGGUGACAGAAGCCAGCUCUCAGCUGUGAGACGAGUCUUGGAGAGGGAGACCCACUCCCCCUUUUAUCAGGAAGGUGUCAGCUAUGCCUUGCUGAAGGUCAUCGAGCUGGGGCUUGUCCCUGCUGCAGAAAUUCUCCUGGAGUUUGGAGCUGACCUUGGAUUUGAGGAUCCCGUCACCUACUACACCCCCCUGCACAUAGCAGUGCUCCGCAACCAGCCAGAUAUUGUGGAGCUCCUGGUGCACCACGGGGCUGACAUCAACCGGAGAGACCGGAUCCAUGAGAGCAGUCCCCUCGAUCUGGCCAGUGAGGAACCUGAGCGGCUGCUGUGCCUCCAGCGGCUGCUUCAGCUGGGGGCUGAUGUCAACGCAGCUGACAAAAAUGGAAAGACGGCACUGUUGCAUGCCUUGGCCAGCAGUGAUGGUGUCCAGAUCCGCAACACCGAGAGCAUCCGUCUCCUGUUGGAAGGAGGUGCGGAUGUCAGAGCCACCACCAAAGAUGGUGACACAGUCUUCACCUACAUCAUCUUCCUGCUGGGAGAGAUGGUGUGCAGCAACACCGAGGAGGCACAGGUGAUCAGUUGCUUCUGCUUUCGUGUCACGCAGCUGCUGCUGGCCCAUGGUGCUGACCCCAGCGAGUGCCCGGCCCCUGAGUCCCUCACCCACCUCUGCUUCAAAAACUUUGAAUGCCACUUCCCGCUGCUGCGUUUCUUGCUGGAGUCAGGUGCUGCCUACAACUGCUCCCUUCACGGUCCUUCCUGCUGGUCAGGCUUCCACAUCGUCUUUGAGUGCCUCUGCUCACACCUCAGUGUCUCUGAAGAUGAUGGCUUCUCUACAGACCUCAUCCAGAAGGGUCAGACUCUGCUGGAGCUCAUGAUGGCCAGUUCACAGGCCAUCCGGCUGCCCAGCAACUUUGAGGUCAACACCAGCAGCUGCAGGUACCAUGGGGAGAAGAUCAGGACUCUCUUCUGCUCUCUGAAGCAGCUGGAGCGCUCCCCGCAGGCACUGAAACAUCUCUGCAGGGUGUUUAUCCGGCAGCGCCUUAAACCAUGGCCAGUAGAUGUCAAAAUCAAGGCUCUACCUCUUCCAGACAGGCUGAAAUGGUACCUCCUCAUUGACCACACUGCUGCCGGGCACGAGGACCCCUGAGCCUGACUAAUGCCUCUGCAUCUUCCCCCUCCAUGGUCAUCGUGUGCCUGCAGCCACCAGACCUCUGCUCUGGGCCAGUUUGCUCCACAGCAAGCAGAGUUGCUGCCCGAGUGCCUACUGCUUGGCCAGUGCUGCCCAUGGUGUCCCCCUCUGUGUGUGCUUUUAGGGGUGUGAUGCCACAUGCAUGUCUAUGGAGAUCUUGUCACUUUGGGGCAUGUCAUGGGGAGGUGGGCAAAGCCCUGUGGCUCCCUGAGGGAGCAUCCAGGAACUGGAUACUGGGGUGUGGAGUGUAAGGGAAGGCCUGGUGGGCAGAACCAGUGGCAUGGUUGGGGUGGUGUGAGUGGAGAGGCAGCCUGUCCCCUCUCUUUCCAGCCCUGUGGGGUCUGGGGUGGGUGAAGUAGUGCCUUAGGCGAUUGGUGGAGCUAUGAGAUGCAUUGGGGUGCUGGGAGAAGAGGUGUUCCCUGUGUCAGGAGAGUGCUGAUAUUUGUGUCCUGGUUUCCUGCCUCUGGGUUCUGGUGGUGGGAGCAGCUGUGGUGGAGGCAGGUCUGGCAUCUCCAUGUGGAUGAAUUCCUCGCUUGCCAGGGCUUCUGAAACCAGAGUGGGGCAGGGUGAGGGGAAGCAGGGCUGGGAAUGGUGGCCAACUGCUCGGCACCCUCCAAGGUUAUGCUGGGAGCGCCCCAUCCUCCCAGCACAGAGGAUUGUCCACCAAGGCAUCUUGGAUGUGCUGGGCUCCAAAACAGACAAAUGGAUGUUUCUUGACUGUGUUGUGUUCCCUGCGCAAAGACAAGGAGCAGGCAGCUGAAUGCCUUGUGCCUCCCUCCCUGUUCCUUGGCUCUUCCCCUUGCCAACUGCUCCCAGAACAAGAGUUGCAGCAGGACUCAUGGGUUUCUUCCCAAUCUGUUACUGGAAGCUCCAGACCCUGAGGCUGCACAUGGAGGUCCCACGUCCCAGCCUUGCCACAGUCGUUUGGCUCCCCUUUCUAGGCAUCUGCUUCCUCCUGACAUGCCAAUGACUACCUGCGGCACUGAGCCCUCCAUUGUUUGUUUUUUGUUUGUUGUGAGGGAUGUGCAGAAGAGGAUGAAAAGAGGAGAAAUCUGUUUGGAGCUGUUACAGUUUAUGGCAGGCGGAUCUGGGAUUCAAGGGCAGUUUGGCUGCAGAAGAGUUGUCUGCCUGCAUUGCCCUCCUGGCAGCAUCUGUGUUUUCUCCCACCCUGUGGAACUGGAGCUGUGCACCAUGAUAAACUGAUGUUUAAGGAAGAAUAUUAAUGUCAUCAACUACUCCCUUGGAUUUGUCUGGAAUGGGGAAGGACCAAUUAAAUGAGGCCUUUUAUAAUAAUGACAAGGGGAUCAUUUCUU